AUGCCUUCAAUUGUCAACUCAGGUGUUAGUAAAAUCAGCGAGGAGGUCACACCUUUUGGCGUGGAGAAUGAAAGCACUUCAUCUAUCGGAGACAACGGCGAGGAGAACAGCCAUCCGUUCAGUGAGGUUUCGGACGCGUAUACGAGCGCGAAAGAGGACAAGCAAGUUGACAACAACGAACUUGGACUGCGCGAUAUCUGGGAUCGGAACGCGACGGUGCCGGAGACGGUGCAGCAGUGCGUGCACGACAUGAUCGGAGAGACAAUGCGGCGGCAGCCAGACGCGCCGGCCAUGUGCGCGUGGGACGGCGAUUUUACUUAUGGGGAGCUGGACGAGCUCUCGAUGGGGCUGGCGCGGCACCUUGUCGGGGUGGGGGUGAAGAGAGGGGGCAUUGUGCCGCUGUGUUUUGAGAAGUCGAAGUGGACGACGGUUGCGAUUAUGGGAGUGAUGCGAGCGGGAGCGGCAUCAGUGCUACUGGACGCGACGCUGCCGGAGGAGCGGCUGAAGAGCAUCGCACGACAGACGACAGCGAACAUGAUUCUUACAUCGGAGACAUCGCGGGAUCUUGCCGGGCGGUUGGGCGAUAAGAGUGUUUUCGUUGUCAGCCCAGAUACUUUCUCAAAGCUGAAUAGGGCUGCUGCCGAACUGCCUACUGUACGGCCAUCGGACACUCUAUACGUGGUCUUCACGUCGGGCAGCACGGGCACACCGAAAGGCGCUAUUGUGUCCCACGGCAACAUUGCGAGUGCUUUCCACCAUCAGCAAUGCGCUCUGGGGAUGGAUUCUCACUCACGUGUCUACGACUUUGUUUCGUACGCGUUUGAUGUGGCAUGGUCGAACGUACUUCAUGUGCUCUAUGCUGGCGGAUGCAUUUGCGUUCCGCGAGAAAGCGAUCGCAAGGAAGAUGUCGAAGGAUCUAUGCGGAAACUAGCGGCCAACUAUGCGCAUAUCACGCCAUCGGUUGCGCGCCUACUCGACCCAAAGAAGAUUGAUGUAAUGCUGACAAUCAAUUUAAUCGGAGAAACAGUAGCAAAGACGGACAUGACGCAGUGGCAACGCAUGGCGAAGGUUUUAAUCACUUAUGGCCCUGCUGAGUGUACGAUCACGAGCACCAUCGGUUUCGGCAGGACAUGCGAUAGUGCCGGCGCACCAGCCAUUGGCACAGGACUUGGGCUCAAUACUUGGGUUGUCAGCCCGAGCGAGCACAACGUGCUCGUGCCAUUCGGCAGUACUGGAGAACUGCUACUAGAGGGACCGCUGAAGACGGCGGUGGCCUUCAUCGAGGACCCGGCGUGGCUGGUCCGCGGCGGGCCUGGCGUGUCGGGGCGAAAAGGCCGGCUGUAUAAGACGGGCGAUCUAGUGUACUACAACCCGGACGGGACGCUGCAGUUUGUAGGGCGCAAGGAUGCGCAGGUUAAGAUCAACGGGCAGCGGGUGGAGCUUAGGGAGAUUGAGCACCAAGUACAGCGUUGUCUUGCCGUUGAAGAAGGAGUAGAUAGGGGCCAGCCGAGCCCGGUGGUAGAGGCAGUGAUGCCGGCGGGCGGCUCGAAGAAGGUGCUCGCCGCCUUUGUCGUGGUCGAAGCUAAGGCCGAUCGCAAUGCGAUAGCCGCUAUUUGGCGACUGUGCGGCGGCAUAGAGGACAGGCUAGGCCGGUCUAUGCCAGCGUACAUGAUCCCGACGGCGUACAUUGCUAUCAAAGAAAUUCCUAUGACGGCGACGGGAAAGACGGACCGCCGGCGGCUGCGGGCGAUGGGCGAGGCGAUGACGCUGGAGCAGCUGGCAGCGACGAACCCGUCGCGCGCUAAGCGGCGGCGGGCACCGACGACGGAGAAGGAGAAGCUUUUGCAGAGGCUGUGGGCGCGGGUGCUGGGCAUCGACGCAGACAGCAUCGGUUUGGAUGACAGCUUCCUGUGGAUCGGUGGCGACUCAAUCGGGGCGAUGCGGCUAGUAGCGGCGGCACGGGAGGAGGGCUUGUCGCUGACAGUGGCGGACGUGUUCCGGCAGCCGACUCUGGUAGAUCUUGCUCCUGCCGCUUGCCAACUCGACAAUGGAGAUGUGGAAGACUUGGUUCCGCCCCUAUCGCUUCUUGGUGGGAAGUACAGGACGCAGGCGACGUACGAGAUUGUCGCACAGCUGUGCGGGAUCAAGGCGUCACAAGUGGAGGACGUGUUUCCCUGCACACCGAUGCAGGAGGGUCUGCUGGCGAUGACGGCGAGGAGAGAGGGUGACUACGUUUCGCGGCAGGAGUUUUUACUAAGACAAGAUGUGGAACCGGAGCGACUUGAGCAGGCCAUGCGGGCCACGAUUGCGACGAUGCCCAUUCUGCGCACGCGAGUUGUGGAUCUGCCUGGGCAAGGACUUGUCCAAGUUGUGACGACUACAGAAGCUGCUGUUGGGGAGGACGACGCGGGCGAAAUGAAACUAGGGGCACGUCUUCAAGCAUACCACAUUCAACGCGAAGCACAAGCCUGGCACGACGGUACAGAGGAGAAGAGCAGAUGGCUCUUCACCUGGACGCUACACCACGCGCUCUACGACGGGUGGUCAACGCCGAUACUGUACAAGGCAAUCUCAGAUGCUUACCACAAUGUACCGGUAGCGUUGGCGACACCGUUCCAGCGCUUUGUCAAGCACGUUGGCAGUGUCCAACGUGACGAUGUGAUGGCAUACUGGGAAAGCCAGCUAGCGGGCUCGGAGGCGGUUGUGUUCCCAGCAUUGCCAUUUACUUCGCAUCAGCCGCAGGCAGACGAAACUAUGGAUCAUGCAAUAACCGAUGUCCGAUGGCGCGACGACAAUAUAACGCCAUCUACGACUAUUCGAGCGGCAUGGGCGAUUGUGUCGGCGCAGUACACGAACAGCAGUGAGGCCGUGUUUGACCGCGGGGCGACUGUGGGCGAUCUACUACGGCAGGUGCAGGACCAGGCGACGGAGAUGGUGGCGUACGAGCAGACGGGCCUGCAGGCAAUCCGGAGGCCAGCAGAGGACAUGGCUGGGCAGGAUGAGGCAACAGAUUUGUUUGACUACAAUAUGGCUGCUGCUGAGGCUGACGAGGGCGGUGUUGGAGGGGCUGAUGCGUUCACAAAUUACGCGCUGUCGGUCAUCGCGACUCCAGGAGGCGAUGGAAUACAGAUCCGACUAAGCCACGACUCAAGCGUGAUCGGUGAAGAGCGGGUGUCUCGGCUCGCGUUGCAGCUGCAGCACAUUCUCACACAGUUGUGUGCCUCGGCAUCGACUGCGCUUGUCGCGUCCGUGCUCGAUGCCGUGAGCGACACGGACAUGGACGACAUCUGGAGGUGGAACGCGGCGGUGCCGAGGACAGUGGACCGGUGCGUGCACAACAUGAUCGGGGAGACAAUGCGACGACAGCCAGACGCGCCGGCCGUGUGCGCGUGGGACGGCGAUUUUACUUAUGGGGAGCUGGACGAUCUGUCAAUGCGGCUGGCGCGGCACCUUGUCGGGCUCGGUGUAAAGAGGGGGGACAUUUUGCCGCUGUGUUUUGAGAAGUCGAAGUGGACGACAGUUGCGAUUAUGGGAGUGAUGCGAGCGGGAGCGGCAUCGGUGCUCCUGGACGCGACGUUGGCGGAGGAGCGGUUGCGGACGAUCGUGCGGCAGGUGUCGGCGACGACGAUGCUGUCGACAGCAGCCAGAGCCCCGCUUGCAGGCCGGCUGAAGGCGGAGGCGGCCAUCGUACUCGUCGAUACAGUUUCGCCACUGCUCGCGGCCUGUCGAGAUGAAGUUGCAUCCGCAGCGCAGCUGCCCGACAUAAGCCCAUUCGAUCGACUCUAUGUUGUCUACACAUCUGGCAGUUCGGGGAAGCCUAAAGGAGUUGUCAUCUCCCACGCCAACGUCUGCAGUGCUCUUUGGCACCAGCGAGAUGAGUUGCGCUUUACUGCCUCGUCUCGAGUCUUCGACGCUGCUUCUUACGCAUUCGAUGCCGCAUGGGGCAUACUGUGCUUUACUUUGUUCGCAGGUGGCUGUCUCUGUGUGCCUAGCGAAGAUGAUUGGCGUAACGAUGCAACAACGUCUAUGAUUAGUCUUCGAGUCUCGUAUGCUGACAUCACACCGUCCUUUGCGGAUACAAUUCGAGUUGAUGACAUUUGCAGCCUACAACACGGAGUGUUCAGUGGAGAAGCCCUGAAUAUUGAUACCAUUGAGCGAUGGAAAUCACUGAGGUGCUUGCUCAACGUGUAUGGGCCAGCGGAGUGUACGAUCAUCGCAACAAUAAUGCUUAUGAACCCAAAUUCGACCAGUUUGCCGUCUAUCGGCCGGGGUAUAGGUCAAAACACCUGGAUUGUAAAGGCUGUCGAUCAUGAAUGUCUUUUGCCCGUGGGUUGCGUUGGGGAGCUGCUGCUCGAAGGGCAGUUGGUCGGUCAGGGAUACCUCAACGACCCGGAGAAGACGGCGGCGGCCUUCAUCGAGGACCCGGCGUGGCUAGUCCGCGGCGGGCCUAGCGUGUCAGGGCGAAAAGGCCGGCUGUAUAAGACGGGCGAUCUAGUGUACUACAACCCGGACGGGACGCUGCAGUUUGUAGGGCGCAAGGAUGCGCAGGUUAAGAUCAACAGGCAGCGGGUGGAACUUGGGGAAAUUAAGCAUCAUGUGCUGCGUUAUCUUGCUAUUAAAGAAGGAGCGGGUAGUGAAGCGGAUAUGGGCCGACUAAGCAUAGUAGUAGAGGCGGUGAUGCCGGCGGGCGGCAAUAAGAAGGUACUCACUGCAUUUAUCGCGUUCGAAGGCGAGGCCGAUAGUAAUGCGAUAGCCGCUAUUUGGCGACUGUGCGGCGGCAUAGAGGACAGGCUAGGCCGGUCUGUGCCGGCGUAUAUAAUCCCGACGGCGUAUAUUACUAUCGAUGAAAUUCCUAUAACGGCGACAGGCAAGAAGGACCGCCGGCGGCUGCGGGCGAUAGGCGAGGCGAUGACGCUGCAGCAGCUGGCGGCAAUGAACCCGUCGCGGGUUUCGCGUCGGGCGCCGACGACGGAGAAGGAGAAGCAUAUACAGAGGCUGUGGGCGCGGGUGCUGGGCAUCGACGCGAACAGUAUCGGUUUAGACGACAGCUUCCUGCGGAUCUCCGGCGACUCGAUCGGAGCGAUGCGGCUGGUAGCGGCGGCGCGGGAAGAGGGCUUGUCGUUGACAGUGGCGGAGGUGUUUCGGCAGCCGACGCUGGAGGACCUCGCUCGCAAUAUUCCCCACGGCGACUAUACUUCUUUUCACUCUUAUACCCCGCUGUCCAUGGUUUCAGCCUCCUUUGACCGAGACGCUUUGCUCUCGGCGGCACAAUCUGUCGUUCAGAAACUGCAUGGCUCCGCUGAUGCUUUUAUAGAGGAUGUGUUUCCUGUCACUGACUUUCAGGAAUACUGUCUGAAGCAGCCUACGAGCCGGUGUUAUCAUUUUUAUGCGGAUAUUCCUUUCGGUUUCGACACUCAGUACUUAGUUGCUCUCUUUACGGCAGUAUUUCAGUCUAUCGACUGUUUGCGCUCUGUCUUUCUUCACUACAGAGACCUAUAUUUCCAGGCCGUCUUGCAGGGCCUCCUCGCACCUAUCACGGUGGUAAAUGCUGAGGGGGACGAUAUUAAUGGAGCUUGUGAUGAAGUUGCCUUGAAGAGUCACCAUACCGUAACCGACCUUGGUGGCUUCUUCACGCAUUUUUUCAUCAUUCAAGGAGAUGAGCUGACGAGACUGGUUCUGCGUGUUUCGCAUGCGCAGUAUGAUGGUGUCAGUCUCCAAUUGCUCGCAAGCAAACUCGAUGAAGCAUUCCGCCACGGCACAAAUCAAGUGCAGCCACAGCCUGCCUUUUCAUCUUGCUUGUAUCAAGGUUCCCUUGUCAAAGACGAAGCUUUGCGGUACUGGCGUAACAUGCUUUUGCAAUCCCGUCCCACAAAGUUUUCGCGCGUGGGCUCAAGUAAGCUUGAACAAACAUACACCUCGCGACAUGCACUGGCUUCUCGCAGGAUUCCGGCGCCGUGCUGCCCAGUUGGUGUGACCGCUGUAUCAUUGUUCACGACGGCCUGCGCCUACGCAUUCAGUCACAUCUCGGCCAGUCACGAUAUUGUCUUCGGUCUACUCGUCACGGGCAGAUCAACUUUGCACCCGUCGUUGCAUGACGUCUAUGGUCCUUGUGUCAACAUUAUUCCAGUCAGGUAUCAAGCCUCUCAAAGCCAUGAUUUCGCUGCUACUUGUCGUCAAAUACAAGCGCAAUGCACGGAAAGCCGUUCACACGAAAUGGCGCAAUUUAGGGAUAUCGCGCAAAUGUGCACCACUUCGGAUGACCCCUGGAAGUUCGGCGCCAUGAUACAAUUUCAAGACGUCAAGGAGACAUCGUGGAUCACAACACGGCCCUCAUCGUUGUGUUUCAAAUCGGUGAAUGUUACCACGGUUCAAGAAGAGUAUUUAUUUAGUGACACACUAUAUGUCUUUGCAGAGCCAUUUGAAGGGUACUGGAAUGUUUGUGUGAGCGGAGACGGGAGGUGUUAUGAUGAUUCUUUUGUUCAAUCUGCACUGGAGUCUAUUAUUCAGGCCUUACGUUAA